AUGGAUGUUGUAAUAGAUAAUGAACAUCCUAAUAGUCUUCAAGAUGAAAAUAGUCUGGUAGUUAUUGAAUUCCAUUCAGAUUCGCUACAACAGGCCAGUACUAAUACUAUGGUGGAGGAACUCAGUAAUUAUAUGAAGUUGCUUCAGCAGGAAACUUCAAAUCAUAUUGACAUGCUACUGGAGUGGUUGAAAGAAUAUAGGAUUUCUAACCCCAAUUUCGAAGGAAUGAAGGAGAAUUCCAAUCUCAUGAUUGGCGCCUUGUCACCUGAAGCAAUCAGCAACCUUCACAAAACAGCCAAGUUGAUGAUUACCUCCGGGUCUGAUUUAUCCUUUAUGGAUGUUUGUAGGGAAUCCACACUUCAGCUGCUGAAUUUCGCGGAUGCUAUCGCCAUAGGAGGAAGAUCAACCGAGCGGUUGUUUAGAGUCCUCAACAUGUUUGAAACAAUGCACAAUCUAAUGCCAGAGUUUAAGGUUUUGCUUUGUGAUCAGUAUGGUGUAUCUUUAAGGAAUGAAGUUCUGACGAUAUGGAACAGGUUAGGGAAAGCAAUUAGAGGCAUUUCCAUGGAGUUGGAGCAUAUAAUUCGUCGAGAUCCAGCAAAGGUGGCAGUUCCUGGUGGUGGAAUUCACCCUAUUACCCGUUACGUAAUGAACUACCUCUCUGCUGCGUGUUGGUCACAGAAGACAUUAGAGCAAGUGUUUGAAGACUAUGGAGUGCUUUCAUCUCACUCUUUGUCAGUGCAAAUGGAUUGGAUUAUGGAGCUAUUAGAUAGCAAUUUGGAAGCCAAAUCCAGAAUCUACAAGGACCCUGCUUUGUGCUAUGAGAACAGUGGCUCAGUGCCACCUAAUGCCAUAGCAAAGUCUAUGAAAGAGAAGCUGAAAUCGUUCAACGCAUUGUUUGAUGAGUUAUGCAGGGUUCAAUCUUCAUGGUUUAUAUUUGAUGAACAGCUUAAGGAAGAAAUAAGAAUUUCCAUUGAGAAACUGUUGUUACCAGCUUAG